CAUUAAGGCCACCUGGAUUCUAGAGAGAGAGAGAGAAAGAGAGGUUGAGAUUUUUUUGUUUUGGAAUAUUUUUUUUCCUAUCUUAACUUCUUUUGUUUGUGGGAGGAGAGAGAAGGAGAGGGAUUUGAAAUUCUCUCUCUUCUUGAUGAUGUUGUUGUUGUUGUUUUUUUUUUAAUAUUUUAGAUUGUGAAAAUUGUUUGGGGAAUUAGGGUUUCCAAAUUCCAAUCAUGAAUGUGAUGCGUAGGCUAAAGAGCAUUGCAUCUGGUCGCACUUCCAUUUCAUCCGAUCCUGGUGGGGAUUCUAGCACAAAGAGAGCAAAGGUUGAUCAAGAGACUGAACACAAGGACAAUGAGAAACUAAAUAGACUAGAGAGGUCUGCCACGGGUCUGGAGCAGCAUAUGGCCUCUACAUCACUGGAAACUGCUGCAAGCACAUCUGAUGCAUCUACAAUGCCUAGAAAAGAGAAGUCUGGUUAUGAUCAGCUUCCUAAAGAAAUGCAUGAAAUGAAAAUUAGAGAUGAGAAAGUAAACCACCACGAUGAAAAGGAUAUGGAAGCGACUUUUGUAAAUGGUAGUGGUACAGAAGCAGGUCAAAUAAUUGCAACUACAAUAGCUGGUCGAAAUGGACAACCAAAACAGACAAUCUCAUACAUGGCAGAGCGUGUGGUUGGCACAGGUUCAUUUGGUGUUGUCUUUCAGGCAAAGUGCCUGGAAACAGGUGAAGCAGUAGCAAUAAAGAAGGUGCUGCAGGAUAAGAGAUACAAGAAUAGAGAACUUCAGAUUAUGCGCUUACUUGACCAUCCUAAUGUUGUUCCACUGAAGCACUGUUUUUUUUCAACCACUGAGAAAGAUGAGUUAUAUCUUAACCUUGUCCUGGAGUAUAUAUCUGAGACUGUCUACAAAGUUUCAAAGCACUAUAUCAGGAUGAACCAACAUGUGCCCACCAUCUUUGUACAACUUUAUACAUACCAGAUUUGUCGUGCGUUAAAUUACAUGCAUCACGUUGUUGGAGUGUGUCAUCGGGACAUUAAACCACAGAAUCUACUGGUCAAUCCCCAUACUCAUCAGUUAAAGAUAUGUGAUUUUGGCAGCGCAAAGAUGCUGGUGCCAGGUGAACCCAACAUAUCGUAUAUUUGCUCACGAUAUUACAGGGCUCCAGAACUUAUAUUUGGGGCCACAGAAUACACAACUGCUAUUGAUAUGUGGUCAGUUGGUUGUGUCCUUGCUGAGCUGCUUCUAGGACAGCCACUGUUUCCUGGUGAAAGUGGUGUUGAUCAGCUGGUUGAGAUCAUUAAGAUUCUGGGGACACCAACCAGAGAAGAAAUCAAGUGCAUGAAUCCAAAUUACAAUGAGUUUAAGUUCCCUCAGAUCAAAGCUCACCCAUGGCACAAGAUAUUUCACAAGCGAAUGCCCCCUGAAGCAGUGGAUCUUGUCUCAAGGCUGCUGCAAUAUUCACCAAAUCUACGUUGCACUGCUUUGGAGGCAUGUGCGCACCCCUUCUUUGAUGACCUGAGAAACCCAAAUGCAUGCUUGCCUAAUGAGCGAGCACUUCCAGCUUUGUUUAAUUUCACAGCUCAAGAACUGGCUGGUGCAUCUAUUGAACUGCGUCAUCGACUCAUUCCUGAGCACGCAAGGAAUUGAAUUUUUUAUCAGACAUGGUGGUCACGUCAGUAGCAAAUAUAAAUGGGUUUUAGGGUGCUUAGUUGUCCGAUUAGCUGUGCUUGCCCUGCCCCAAUAGCCCAGAAGCCGCCCUUUGGUCUUCACAAAUUAUCAUGAUAGAAACAAGGGGUAGGAGUGUCAUGGGGCUGGCAGGCUGUUCAUAAUGGUGUGGUGGAUGUGCAGGUGGAAGUGGGAGUGCUUGAAUGAGGUUGAAAUUUUCCAAGUUUUAGGAUGUGACGAAUGCGUUGAUGGUGAAUGAGUUGUUACAAAUGUUAUUGUGUUGUCAUAUAUAGUUAAUGGGCAUUUGAUUGGAGACUAACUGAAUGGGAUCUGUUAGAUGAAUUAGGAUUUUUUUUAGUGUAUACCAUUCUUACUCAUUUUUGGUGUUACAAAAAGAAAUUCAGAUAUCCAAGAAAUUCGUGUCAAGGUCUCUAUUUUCACCACCCUUUGAGAAAUAACCUGUGUUAUAUAUUGUUGCUUAUUGGAAGAGUUGCUGAAAGUUGAACUGUGGAACACCAGAACAGCACAAACUCAAAUCAUAAUAAAGCUAUUUGCGUGCUUUUUUAA